AUGUCUUCCCUCGCAGAAUCUUUAUAUUUAGACAGCGUUCGGAAUCCUGAAUCAUCUUGCGCUGAUCCCGACGAUAGUGACUCGGAUCGCGUUGUAAAUCAAAGUCCAGAUCUCCAAGAAAGUAGCAACGACGAAUAUACCGGUACCCCCACAAAGAACAAUACAACCACCAUCUAUUCAACCCCUACCAGUCGCUCGGAACCUAAUUCAUCACUUUCUCACCGAGCGCGUAACGAACUCUGGAAAUUAUGUCACAAGAUCUAUGGCGAUUGCCUUUGCCUUGUCACGCUGAGAGAUUCUGCCUUAAUUCUCCAGAUAGCGCAUGUCAUUCAACGCAGGAGCAAAAGCGAUGAUUUCACGCUCUAUGAAUAUUGCCUCGGCUUAGAAUAUAGACAUUUUCAUGUUGACAGUAGGAGAAACAUGUUCUAUUUAAGCCCGGACUGGCAUGCAUACUUUGAUAGGAAUGGAUGGUUUCUACUGCCGGAUAUGCACACACUGGAAGAAGUCAACGGUCAUGUCACAGCAGUUAUCGAAUCGAGGAAAAACCCCACGUCUAAUGUUAGCAAAUCUUUCCGGUCGAAGUGGAGGCUCAAAACGAAAACGCAAUACACCCUCAUAUCCAUAUCCUGCUCAGAUCCAUUCUUUCGCAGAUCGAUUGCUCAUCAAUACCCUUACCUUGACCUCCCAUUACUUGAAUGUCAUGUCGCGCCUCCGUUUACCGUGAUAAAUGCAGGGCCCAAGUGCGAAAGAGAUCAGAUAGAUCAGAUCGUUCUUCGUCGUUAUCCGCAACAGACAGAAGGGUCUACUAUGGAAUCAGACGCCAAGGAACUUAAACAACGACUUACGCUCCUAUGUGACGCUUGGGAUCUUUUCAUGGAUCCGGAUGUGAGAGCAGCUGCGAAGGCUUGGGAGAAGUCAGAAACGGGCGGUAAGAGGAAGAGAGAACAGAGCGACGCUGGUCAGACGGACGGACGUAGCACACGGUCGAAAACGCGCUCUGGACAUGGUGGCAAUCGCAAACGUAAACGGUCACCCAAUUCAAGUGGGGCCACUCUCACCGAGCAUGCAGUCUCACAUCUCGAAAAGCGACAGAAGGCGGACAACUGGGAAACGAGCAUCAGACACUGGGUUGCGGAGUCGACCAGGGCCUCAUCCCUAGACCCAAGCCUUCCGCUUGAUUUUACAUCGAUACUUGCCUGUACUACUGUUGACAGCAUAACGAAUGUUUGA